AUGGCUGCGCUAAUGACAGAGGCGGAUCCUGGCAUGCUGCCACGAGGCCAGGCCUUGUUGACCUCCCGAAGGGCCCGUGGAGAGGUUCCAGUUGCCAUCCAUCCACAAGGUGACCUUGGCCCAGUCACAGCUGGAGGAAGCAGUAGCAGGACGUGGCAAGUGCACACGGCCAAACUGGUAGGUGCCUCCAUUCUUCUUGUGGGCCAGGGGCGGCGACGACGACUACAGCGAAUGAGCCGCAGAGUGUUUGAUCGAUUCCGGCAGGACGCCAUUACAGCCAUCUACAGUGCCCAGGAGGAGGCUUUGAGACGGAGCCAUGGCGUGGUUUCCACCGAGCUCAUUAUCUUCGGGAUAUUUUCGGAGGAGCAGAAGGGUGCCAACCUAAUAGCGAAAACUGCUCUGGUGCGGAAAGGAGUCACGCGCGAGGCUCUGAAGCGCUUCAUUGCCAGCAGCCCGAGACCGGCGACAGACGCGUCAGGAUCCGGCUCCCUGCCGUUCAGCGAGAACGCUCGGCUGUUGUUCGACACAGCAAAUGAAGACUCAGUUGGCAACAUAGAGAUCGGCUGCGAGCAGUUGCUUCUAGCCCUCAGCGCCGACAAACUGGCCCAAAGUGGCGGGGCAAAGAUGCUUGCAGGCCUCGGGCUUUCAGGAAAUGCGCUGCGCGAAGCCGUCUCAGAAGCUGCGUCAGCCCCAGGCCCGCCAGAGCGACAGCUCACCGCUGUGGGGGCAGAUGAGUCUAGCGAGUCCGAGAUGACCCUGGACCAGGUUGCCACAGACCUGACGCAAAUGGCUCUGGAUGGUUUGCUAGAUCCAGUGGUCGGUCGACAGGAGGAGAUGGAGCGGAUCAUCCAGAUAUUGCUGCGCAAGCGCAAGAACAAUGCUUGCCUGGUGGGUCCUGCGGGUGUCGGAAAGACUGCAGUGGUGGAAGGGCUGGCCAUUCGCAUUGCGGAGGGCAAGGUGCCAAGUCGCUUGAAGGGAAAGCAGGUCUACUCCCUGGACCUGGGCCAGCUUGUCGCUGGAACCAAGUACCGCGGUGAGUUUGAAGACCGUUUGAAGAACAUCAUCAAGGAGGUGACCAGUGAUGAGCGGGACGUCUGCCUCUUUAUUGACGAGAUCCACCAGAUAGUGGGAGCCGGCGCCGCAGGUGCGGACUCCUCCAUGGACGCGGCCAACCUGCUGAAACCCUCACUUGCACGCGGCGAGCUACAAGUGAUCGGGGCAACCACGGCGGAUGAGUACACAAAGCACAUCGAGAAGGAUGCUGCCCUAGAGCGGCGCUUCCAGCGCGUGAGCUGCGAGGAGCCCAGCGUGGCCCAGAGCAUCGAGGUCUUGGAGGGGCUCCGCCCGGCCUACGAGGCGCACCAUGGAGUUCUCCUGACACCCGAAGCUCUUCAGGCUGCUGCCCGGCUGUCAGACCGAUAUGUCAACGACCGUUUCUUGCCAGACAAGGCAGUUGACCUGAUUGACGAGGCAAGCAGCCUGGCCCAGUGGCGAACAGAGAUGGAGCUUGAGGAGGCCAACAACCAAGCGGAACCUGGAGAGCUGUCGAAGCCCCUGGUGACAGCGCAAGACGUUGCAACAGUCCUGGCAAAGUGGUCGGGCAUACCCGUAGAGCGACUCUCCGAGGGUGAGUCGGAGAGACUGAUGCGCCUGGAGGAGACUUUGGAGCAGCGCAUCAUUGGUCAGUCGCCUGCCGUCAGUGCCUUGUCCCGCGCCGUGCGGCGAGCGCGGAGCGGUCUGGCAGGAUCCGGCCGCCCAACGGCCUCGUUCUUCUUCGCCGGCCCUACAGGUGUCGGCAAGACCGAGCUGUGCCGCGUUUUGGCAGAGGAGUACUAUGCGGAUCUCAAGGCCAUGGUGCGCCUUGACAUGAGCGAGUUCUCCGAACCCCAUAGUGUCUCCCGGCUCAUUGGCGCGCCACCUGGCUAUAUCGGCUACGACGAUCCUCGAAGUGGCCAGCUAACAGAGGCCGUGCGUCGACGGCCGUACAGCGUGGUGGUCUUGGACGAGAUCGAGAAAGCCCAUUCUGAGGUGCUCAAUCUCCUCCUGCAAGUGCUGGAGGAUGGGCGACUGACAGAUGGAAAGGGCCGAACGGUUAGUUUCUCCAACUCCAUCAUUGUGAUGACCUCGAAUGUGGGAAGCCAGGAAAUUCUUCAACAGGCGUCCGGUGUGGGCACCUACGACCAGCUGCGCGCUGCGGUGCAGCGGCAGUUGCAGCAGAAGUUCAGACCGGAAUUCCUGAACCGCAUCGAUGAGCUGUUGAUCUUCCGAUCGCUGUCGGAGCAGGAGUUCAAGCAGAUUGUGCGGCUGGUUCUGGGAGACGCGAGGGCCCGUGCAACGGCAGCUUUUGAAGAGGCUGCCUUGCAGAACGGGCGGCCGACACAGCCGCUGGAGCUAACCUGGACGGCCGAAGUGGAGCAGGUCAUCCUGGCCUCCGGCUCGAACGCCAUCUACGGAGCCCGGCCGUUGCGCCGUGCUGUGCAGCGCAUUUUCGAGGACCCAGUGGCCGAAUUCCUGGUUUCUGGGGCCUUCAACCAGGGUGGCGCCGCCACUGUCGACGUGGACAGCGGUGACGUCGUGAUCCGGUAUGGUGGUGAGACUUUGCGGCCGGCGUGCGCAGCUGCGGUCACCACGGAGGCCUUGGUUGCGCCGCGAAGCCAGGAGGUCAAGAAGAACAAUCAGGUUCCUUCGGCCGUUGCUGUGCUCCCGCCUCAGCACCAACUCAGCAUGGCUCAGCACGAAGCUUUUAUUGGGCUCGGAAGGGAGGUGCUGCGGGGAGUGGCAUGA